AUUUGCAUGAGGAGGACUAUAAGUGACACCCUAAUAAUAGUUCACUACAUUUAUCGAUAACGCAGCCUAUUCUAAUUUGCUGCCCUGCCUCUAAUUACUGCGCGCUCCCGCAAUAAACACGCAGAAAAAGUAGGCUUGGCCAAACUCCCAGAACUCCACUAAUCUACACAUCAUCUCCUUCCUUUUUCCAGACGGUAUUGAUCAACCUCGGGCUUUACGUCAGUAUUGAUAACUUUACCAGUCCAGUUAAUGUUGCGGACAGAGGCACGAGGAGAUUUUAUUUUUGAAUUGUGAGGAUUUCAAAGGCGCGGGCUGUGUGCCAAAUUUUAUUUUCUUUUUCUUUUUUCUUUUUGUUAAAUUCCUUUAACAGUAAGCAUGCUGGCGGACUUGUCAAACACAUCGGAGGACUUUAAGUCAGCUGCUUACUUUUUGUAAAAGUGGGAGCGGGGAUCGCAGCCGUUGUUUACCGGUUGGGAAUCCAGCCCACAUAUUUAUUGCAGCCGCUGAAAAAAAAAAAAAAAAAAAAAAAAAAAAAAAUCUCCUCAAUAUCCCCCAAGAUGGCCGCCGAUGUAGGAUCGAUGUUUCAAUAUUGGAAGAAAUUUGAUCUACGGCGGCUCCAGGUUGGUGCUAUCUUCCUCUUUUCCGCGCGUAUUUGGUGCGCGACGCGUCUCCUCGCGGCGCGCGGCUGCCGGUUUGCGCGUCCGGGCGAGCGGGGACGCAGAGCCGGUGCUGUUUGCAUUGAUAGUUAUUAGAAAUUGAUCCGUCUUCUGCCUUUGUUCGGUUCAAUCAUCGAUCCGCGGCGGAGCGCGCGCGCAGCGGCGCAGCCCGCGCUCGCCACACCGCUCUGGGAUCAGCACCGCGGACAGCACCGGCGCGUUACGCGCGGGGGAGGCUGUUUUUCCGCCGCUUUUUGCCGGCUUUACGGCCGCUCACGGAAAGUUUGAAUGCGCCUCCGAAUCGCUGCUCUUGGAUGUUCGCUGCAACUUUUUCCACCCCCUCCCUCCGAGCGUAACGCUUAAUGCGGCGGCCGGGGCUCCUGCGCUCCACAUCGGUAGACGCGGAGAGCUGCGCCUGUGAGGAUGAGGAGGGUUUCUGAAUGAUAGCAGAGGGAGCUAAACUCUGUGGCGUCUGAGCUGGCGGGUCGACAAGAGGAGAGCGAACAUUCCCACAAGCACCUGAUAGAGCUGAGCAGGGAGUUCAAGAGAAAUGUCCCUGAGGAGGUUCGGGAGAUGGUGGCACCUGUUCUCAAGAGUUUUCAAGCCCAGGUGGUUGCUCUGAACAAGCGCAGUAAGGAGGCAGAGUCUGCAUUCCUGGGAGUCUACAAACAGCUUAUCGAGGCUCCAGAUCCAGCUCCGGUGCUGGAGGCCUCCCAUUCCCUGGAGGAGAGACUGCAGCAGCUUGGGAGUUCGGCCCCGGACGGCGAAGCGCUGGUGCGGGAGAUCAGCGGGCACUGGAAGAAGCACCUGGAGUGCCUUGAAAAGACAGCAGAGGAGCGUCUUUCUGUGACAGAAGAGGCAUCAGAGUCCAGACCUCCAGCCUCCCUGAUGACCCCCAACAGCACACCGGCUCCUGGGGCCCCGAGCUCUCCUGGCCAAGACUACCCCAACCGAGGGGAGGAGGAGGAGGAGGAGGAGGAGAGCACUGAUGCUGGCUCGGCUGACAGACUAUCAGAGGCCGAGGAGAAGAUCAAAGUUCUGCAUGCAUCCUUGAGUGCAGCACAGGCGGAGCUGCUGGACCUGCGUUGUAAAUACAACCAGGAGAUGGCAAACAAGGCUGCUGAAAUCGAUGCCAUGAUGGCAAACCUUGAGAAGGCAAACCAGAGAGCAGAAGUGGCCCAGAGGGAAGUGGAGAGGCUGAAGGAGAAGUUAGCCAGCGGUUCUGGUGACGCCGCCGCCAGCUGCCAACCAGAAGAGGGAGCCAGCAGGGCCAAGAACGACAAGGUCGACACAUUGCCUUCCCAGCUGGAGGCCACCUUGUUGGCCAAAGACCGCGAAAACCUCAGACUUCUUGAAAAUAUUCAACGGCUGCAAUUUGCACUACAGGAAGUUCAGGAAACCUCGGCCAAUCAGAUCUUGGAGCUUGAGCGGCAGCUGGCGUACAAGACAGAAGCUAUAGAGAGAUUAGAGGCUAAACUACAAUCCCAGAUGGACUAUGAAGAGAUUAAAACUGAACUCAGCAUCCUAAAAGUUCUGAAACUGGCUUCUGCAAAUGGCAGCUCAUCCCAGGAUUCUGCUAAAGCUGCUGAAGCUCUUCUGCUGGAUAAAGAGGCCUUUCUUCCAUCUCACAAGUACUUACUGGAGAAGACCAGAGUAUUGCACAGCAAUGGUAGUGACCACUCUGAGGAAGUGGGAAGAGAGACAGGCCGGCCACCUGGCUCUCACUCCUCUUCCUCUCAGGCCGACAGUCGUGCCUCUCCCAGCCCAGGUCUCCCCCCCCUGGACGGCUCCUCUUCCAGCCACGACCUCCCCCGCCCCUUCUCGGUGUCGCCGUGCUCUGGGGACCGACUGUCAGGGGACCACAUUCUUCACAAGCAGCUCCUCUCCCCGCAUUUCAAAAAGGACGGCCUCAUGGCUUUCCCCACCGCGCUCUAUGCAGCCAAAGUUGCUCUCAUGUCAGCCACUCAAGGGUCGGCGGGCGUGGGCAGCGGCGACGCCAGCCUGCCGAGUGACCAGUCAGAAAGUGGCAGCUCGACCGCAGGAGAUGACGACCAACUGGACACGGCAGAGAUUGCCUUUCAGGUGAAGGAGCAGCUGCUGAAGCAUAACAUUGGCCAGCGAGUGUUUGGCCACUAUGUGCUGGGUCUCUCUCAGGGCUCAGUCAGUGAGAUCCUGGCCAGGCCUAAGCCCUGGAGGAAACUGACAGUCAAAGGGAAAGAACCUUUUAUCAAGAUGAAGCAGUUCCUCUCUGAUGAACAGAACAUCCUGGCCCUCAGAACCAUCCAGGUCAGACAAAGAGGGAGCAUCACUCCACGCAUCCGAACUCCUGAAACUGGGUCAGACGACGCCAUUAGGAACAUCCUGGAACAGGCCAAGAAGGAGAUCCAGUCUCAGAGGGGAGGUGAUGGCAGGUCCUCUUUGCACAGCUCAUCUGGCAGGAACAGCAACGGGGCAGGAAGCAGCUCAGAUGAAACCAUUAAGAACAUAUUAGAACAGGCUAGAAGGGAGAUGGAGGCUCAGCAGCAGGCCCUGAUGGAGAUGGAGGCCUGUGGAAGAGCCUCCAAUGCCAGUUCAGGAAUCCAAGUGGAACGUCUGGGGCCGCCGGAGCGAUCCAGGGUUUUCCCGUUACCCAUCUCUGUCAAGCAGGAGGAGGGGGGCUGUGUUACAGUGUGCAUGGCCAACUCCAUCAGCAGCCCCCAAACACCGCUCAGCGUUCUUUCCCCCGCCGCUUUUGUUCAGAACAUCAUCCGUAAAGUUAAGUCAGAAAUCGGUGAAGCGGGAACCUACUUUGAUCAACACUGGUCUCAGGAGCGGGGGUCCAUGGUCCUCGGCGGGGGGAACGGCUCCCAGCCCUAUAGUUCCGUGUCUCCCUCUCUUUCCUCUUCCUCCUCUGGGCCCUCUGCCAUGACCCGGCCCUGGCCGCGCCUCGAGAACGGCGAGGGCCUUCCCAACAGCGAGGAGGCCUCGGCUGCGGAGGACGAUCUGGGCCGGCCGGUGGAAGUGAAGGUGGAGUCGGACACCUCGGUGAGCGGGGAGUCCCCGGGCCCGGGACGCCUGUCCUACUACCCGGCAUAUAUUCCUCGGGCACUGAAGCCCACCGUGCCCCCGCUGACCCCAGAGCAGUAUGAGAUGUACAUGUAUCGGGAGGUGGACACCAUCGAGCUGACCAGGCAGGUGAAGGAGAAGCUGGCCAAGAACGGCAUUUGCCAAAGGAUCUUUGGUGAAAAGGUGCUGGGGCUCUCUCAGGGCAGCGUCAGUGACAUGCUGUCUCGACCCAAACCCUGGAGCAAGUUGACCCAGAAAGGCAGGGAGCCCUUCAUCCGCAUGCAGCUGUGGCUGCUGGAUCAGCUCGGCCAGAGCCUCAGUCAACCCACAAACCAAAGCCAUACUCAGGAUAAAAGCCCAGUGACGACCCAGGCCUCACCUUCCCCGCCUCCUAGCCCGGCAGAGAGCCACCCCAGUCCUCUAGCUGAGCCUGCAAGCCUCUCCUUAGAGAGCAGCAAGGAGAACCAGCAGCCUGAGAGUCUAAGCAUUGGGUUGCCCACCCACCCAGAGGGAGGGAAGUCCACCUCAAGUCUCAUGACUCUACAUCAGCCCACAAACCCACUAGGGAUUCAAGAGCUGGUGGCCAUGUCCCCAGAGCUGGACACUUACGCCAUCACCAAGAAGGUCAAGGAGGUGCUCACAGACAACAACCUCGGCCAGCGCCUUUUUGGAGAAACCAUCCUGGGACUGACUCAAGGUUCAGUGUCUGACCUGCUGUCCAGGCCCAAACCUUGGCACAAACUCAGCCUCAAAGGCAGGGAACCGUUUGUCCGCAUGCAGCUUUGGCUCAACGAUCCCCACAAUGUCGACAAACUGAGGGCCAUGAAGAAGAUGGAAAAGAAAGCUUAUCUAAAAAGACGGUACGGGCUGCUGAGUACCGGCUCUGACAGCGACUCGCCCAGCACUCGUUCGGAGUGUGUGAGUCCGGCCUCGGCGUCUUUGGACUUGUGUCCGUUCAACCAGGUGAAGAAACCGCGGGUGGUGCUGGGAGCUGAAGAGAAAGAAGCCCUGAGGAAAGCCUACCUGCUGGAGCCCUAUCCCUCUCAAAACACCAUCGAGAUGCUGGCUUCACAGCUCAGUCUAAAAACCAACACCGUUAUCAACUGGUUCCACAACUACAGGUCCAGGAUGCGGCGGGAGGUCCUGAUGGAGGGUCUGCCAGACAAUGACACAGACGCUGAACACCACAGCUAUUCCCCCUCAGUCACAAGGAGCCCCCACUCUGAUGGGGAGGAGAAGAGGCUUCAGCAGCGCCCAGGACGCACCCCUUCAAUCUUUAAUCCCCACAGCAACGCUGGAUCCCCUCAUGUCAAACAGGAGGCAGCAGAAGGGGAAGACAACAGGGAUGGGGAAGAGGAUGGCUUGAUGAAGCUAUCAAGAGAACAGUGUUUUUCCUCAGCAGUGUCACUCCCUCUAUUAAAGACUGAGCAUGAGCACUCCAUUACUGACUGUUGUGAGGCUAACUUGGCUGGCCAAAGCCUGAAGCAGGAAGAAGGGGUGAGCAGCCAGGGUCAGGGGCUCUACCCUGGUGCCGUGUCCAUGGAUGGUCCUCAAAGAGCUAAGCAGGCUCGACAAGACGGAGAAGAAUCUGUGAAGCCAACUGUUGAUCCAGUCAGCUUCAAGGCUUCAUCAGAACCCUGCCGGAGCAGCCUAGAAGUUUCCCUCAACUCCCCCUCUGCGGCAUCGUCACCCGGACUCAUGAUGUCCGUCUCUCCUGUUCCUUCGUCGUCGGCACCCAUAUCACCUUCGCUGCCCAAUCCUCCAUCGACGAGCACCAACCCCAGCCAGGACACGAACCCCAUCCCUUCCUUCCAAGGCCCCAAACUCAACAGAAGCACUCAGAGACGCAAUGAGAAAAUGGCCAACCUCAACAACAUCAUCCACAGGCUGGAGAAAGCAGCCAAUCGAGAAGAAACGCUGGAGUGGGAGUUUUAAAUUCUUCAUGUCUAGACCUUUGUGGCACGCAAGCAGUCGAGGCGGAAGCUUCCAACAGACAUUUUAAGGAGACUGGCUCCUGAAGACAUCUCAGACCGACGGGUCGCUGGAAACAGGAGCGCAAAGCGAAACAUGAAGCGGAAUUCACCAGAAGAACUUAAAAAUUGAAAAUAUAAUUUAUAAAAGCGCAUUUGCUUUCUUUUUCUUUCUUUCUUUUGAUAAUGCGUACUUCUCCGAAAUAUAUUGGACAGCACUAGCUGUUGUUUUACGUACUGGACUUGACAUGAAGACUUUUACAGCUAUGGUGUCAUAAAAUGUACACUGAAGUUCUGUAGAUUGCCACUGGGUGAGAUUAAAAAAAGACCCCUGUCUUAAGCCAUUAAAAGCACUAUAACUAUUUGAAAAGAGACUCUGACCAAAUUUGCUACUUUUUGAAUAGUAAUUUUUCAACAUUUGUCUGUGAGACCGGACAGUUUAAGUCAAGUAACAUGAAAUCUUAUUACUGACUGAGGGAUAGUCCUUUAAGACUCUAAAUAUACAACAUCCUGUAUGUACUUAGUUUCUUGGUAAUAUGUUUUAAAAUCUUUGUAACUCACACUUAUAAAAUGUGGUUGUACAUGUUGUAGGGUUGUCUGCAAUAGCCUUCUCUAAACCUGAUGUAGCAUGGUACUCACCUGACCCUGUUAUUCUCUGUAGUUAGUCAUCUGUGAUUAUACUUGAGCGAACACAAGAAAAAAAGUUGAAAACUUAAAAAAAAAACAAAAAAAACAUUUUAAAUCUAGUACUACUAUACUUUUAAGUCUUUAUUUCCUCAAUAAUCCUCCAGGUUUACACUUUAGGGUCCUUGUGCUUUCCGUGGAAAGUGAAAGUUUCACUUCACAUGAGCACAGUUUACCUGUCUUUUUAGUUUUUUGUUCAAACUUACCUCUUUAAGGCACUGGUUCUCAGACUGUAUUGGGCCAAGACACCUGGUAUACCUCAGAUUUAGUUAAUGCACAUCAUGCUUUGACCACGCAUUUCCUUCUUUUACUUAAACCUCCAUCUGGAUUUUGUCGAUUUGGCCAACGUCCUCAGAUCAAUCACGAAGCAAGACAAGCGGUUUGCUUGGAAGGUAGAAGGUAAUGGUUCUUUGGUGCAGUAUGUUUAUGACCCUUUUUCACUGGGUAUUAAGCUCACACCCUCAGAAUGUGUCAGUUAUUGUGACUUUGCACUGGAAAUAACACCUCCGUUUCCAAGAGCUGAAAGGGGAUUCAGUUCAUCAAGUUCCACUGAUUUACUUGUGUUAGCACAUCGACCAUCUCUCAUCAAAAUGAAAACACUCUAUCAGUAUGUAUACUAUAUACAAGAGCGCCCUGUCAUAUCUUGGACCACUUGUGGACUGUGUCUGUAGCGGUUUCUUUGUCAUGCUUGCAGAACGUUCUGUUGUACUUUGCAUUUUAUAUUUCAUACUCAGAACAGCUAACUAGAUAUACAAUACCUCGUGUAUGAAGUACUUGCAGCACUUAGAUUUUGAUAAUUGUGAGAACUCAAAAAAACAAAACAAAACAAAAAAAAGUCAAAUAUCAACAUUAUCCUAACUUAGUGUCAACAAGUCUUUGCCUUUGCUGUAUUGUUGCAGUUGGUAGAAAACACUUGCACAUGUCUACAUAGUUCAGAGGACUUGGAUUGUAUUAUGUAGAGAAAUAUAUUACACAAUUAUUGAAAAAAAAAUGUCUUGGGACAAAAUGUGCGGCUUAUAUUAAAAUAGAGUGUACAGAUUUAAUAAACCAAACCCAUUCAAGCCAGUUGUGGUCUGGCAGGCUUGCCCAUGUUUUAGAACUUCUCUCAGGGUAGUCUUGCUUUUUAAAGCUUUAUUGAAACAGUCACUUGUCAGCAGCGAUGGGUGUGAGAAACGUGUGGUGGUGUAGACAAUGACUCUGUUAUGCUGUAUAUUAAAUGAUCAUGUGGAAGUUGAAUAAUUAUUGAAAGUCCAUCUUUCACACAAAACGCUGGUUACCUAAAGAUUCGCUGCCAUUUUUUAGUUUUCUUUUCAGGGCACAGGUGUUCCAAAGUACAGUGCAGAAAUCCCUAGAAGAUGCUGACGGGUGAUUUUUUUUUUUUUCUAGAUCGGUAGUCUUGCUUGGUAAAACACUGUUUUUUUGUUUUCUCUUUGAUAAAAAAAAAGAUGAUUUACUGCAGGUUUUCUUACUUCCAUAUUUUGUGCAUAAUAUACUGUAUGGUUACUGGCAUUUUCUUAUGUAAAAACACGUAAGUGAAAAAAAAAAAGUUGUAUUUACCUUGACCAUUUUCUUCUCAUGUAAAGCUCAUCUCAUUGUUCUGCAUGCAAUCUAUUCUGGUCAUUUAUGAAAGAAUAGACUGUUUUUUGUAAUACUGUUCUUGCACAGGGACGUUUAAUCUGCACUCGAGGUCUUCUUGCAUUAGUGAAGUCCAUGCAUGGUGCAGUUGAUAGAUAUGGCUCUCACAAAGUCACAAUUCCAGUAAAACAGGAAGUCUAGAAUGACCUUGUAAACUUUGCUUCCAGGUUAAUGUUUAAAUCAAGAUUAUUUAGUGCCAUAUCGUAUGCCCUCAUACAUUUUAAUCCCUGAGAAUUUUUGUUUUGUGUGUGGUAAAAUGUGGUCUGACAGGUUUUUGGAACCUUUUGUAAACCAAAUCAGAUAAAGCAAAGCUUUUUGAAGUUUUUUUUUUCAUUUUAUAUUUAUAAGUUCUUCAAUUUUUCUUGACCUUAUAACUGACAUUUAGUCACUAAAUCAUGAAGUAUGUUUUCAGCAAAAUGUGGUUAACUGUGUUAAAUGAUGAAAGUUAUUAAAAACAAGUCGUGCUUUUUUUUUUUUUUAAAUUUGGUAGUGGGGUGCAAACGAUUAGUCAUUUGAAGUGAGCUGAGAGCCAGUAAAGAAGUGUCCUGGAAUUUUCAAGAACUUUGUAAUUCCUCACAUUUAUAAAUGUAAUGGAUUGAACAAAAGUCUGCCAAGCGUCAUGGAAGUUAAAUUACACAUGUAAGCCAUCAGUCAAUACAUAUUUGUUUAAGACCUUGCA